AUGACGAUCAACACGCCACUGCGGUCUCUAAUGAACCGCCUCAGUCAAGCCGUGAUGAAAGAUGACGCGAAUCCAUCCCCCCAACUUCACUAUGAGGUGCUUCAAAUGAUCGACCAGCUGCGAUCUGCGGUGGAAUCACCGACAGAAACCGUGUUGCGCUUGAUUUACCAGCCUCCACAAAAUGCCGCCAUACGGAUUGUGAUCGAGUUGGGCAUCUUCGACUUGCUGGAUAGGGACACAGUACUCUCCGCCACUCAGCUGGCGAAAUAUACGGGCGCCGAACGAGACCUCAUUGUUCGACUGAUGCGCGUAAUGGUAUCGUUGGGGUUGUGCGGCAUGUCAGCCCCGGAAACGUACGCUGCAAAUGAGAAGACUGUGGCGCUCACCCAGCCCAUUGGAAGAGAUGGCCUGUCUUGCAUAUUCGAUUUGACACUGCCCACCUUGAGCAAGCUUCCGGAGUACAUGCGCUCCAAUGGAUUUUCCAACCCCAAGGACUACGCCCUGUCACCCAUGCAAUACGCGGUGGGCCAGAGUCAGUUCGAAUGGCUGGCGAGUAACCCGAAGCAGCAGCGGUUGUUCAACUCCUACAUGACCAGUCGCCGAGAGGGACGGCCAAUGUGGUUCAAUGUGUACCCCGUGGAGCGAUUGUUCGGUCAUGGUGUUCCAUUCGAAGACACCACUUUCCUGGUCGACGUCGGAGGGAAUCAGGGGCAUGACCUAGGGAAGUUCCGUCAGGAGUACAGUCAUCUGCCCGGACGACUUGUACUACAGGACUUGCCGGAAGUGGUCAAGGGGGCUGCGUGUGAUGGGGUAGAAGUGAUGGGGCACAACUUCCUGGAUCCUCAACCCGUGAAGGGAGCCCGCGCAUACUAUUUCAGAGCCAUCUUCCACGACUGGCCAGACCAUAUUUGUCAACAGAUUCUCCGAAACACCAUCUCCGCCAUGGCGCGUAAUUACUCACGGAUUCUGAUCGUGGAUUUCGUCCUUUCGGACACAGAAACACCCCUGAUGCAGGGAUCAAUCGAUAUCCAGAUGAUGAGUAUAGGAGCAGGAAUGGAAAGAUCCCAACAGCAAUGGGAGCGAUUACUUGGAAGUGUUGGCUUGGAAAUCACUGGAAUGUGGAGCCAAGGCCCGGGGAUGGAGUCGGUCAUUGAAGCAGUACCAAUGUCCAGCUGA